AUGUCUGUUCAAUUAGCCAAAACUUACGGAGCUGUAGCAAUUGGUGCUCUCUGCGCCUCUUUAUUUUCAGGCGCGGUCGCUAUCCAGACGAUCCUCUACUAUAAAUUUUACCCCGCCGAUUUAUUCAAAUUCAAACUCCUCGUUUUUAUCAUAUGGUUUCUUGAUAUAUGCCACACCACCUUUAUCUGGAUAUCUAUCUGGGACUGCUUCAUCAGUCACUUUGGCGAUAUUGAAAGAACUGAUGUGAUUCCUUGGAGCAUCGCAGUGACCGUCGUGGAAACAGCUCUUUUAACAUUCUUAGUUCACUGCUUCUUCGCUCACCGGAUUUUUAUGCUUAGUCGACGAAACUGGCUGCUCACGUGUCCCAUUCUGAUCGCUGCGUCCUUGCGUCUUGGUUCUGCUUGUGUGUCGACAUCAGAAAUGAUUCGUCUAAAAACAUACUCGGGAUUCAUUGAACACUUCGGAUGGGUGUUCACACUUGGCUUAUCUAUGUCGUCUGUAGCAGAUAUUUUAAUCACUGUAUCCCUCUUUUGGCUACUUCAAACAAGUCGUACCGAUGCUGAAAGUAUCAAUGCCAUCAUUGACUCAUUGAUUUUGUACACUUUCGAGACGGGAUCUCUCACAUGUGCAGGGACUAUUGUUGAUAUGGCCUGUUGGGUGUCAAUGAAGUCAAAUUUAAUAUUCCUCGGCAUACAUUUCGUUAUCGGGAAACUGUACGCAAACUCAUUAUUAGUGACGUUGAACACGCGGCGCGGCCUUCGCCGAGGACAAACGAUCCAUUUUUCCCAAAGUCCCGAGGGCGGUAAUGGACUGGUGCUGGAUUCACGCCGAAAGAUGCCACGCUUUAGCGAGCCUAAGUUUUCUAAAGCAACCGAGCUCCAAAUAAACGUGGAGCAGAGCGUUCAUUACACGACGGACUUCAAUUUGAAGAUGGAGCCUGAGCAUACAUCGGCUGAUGGCGCCGAAAGUGUCGCGGAGUGA